AUGUCCUCCUCACCAGAAGAAAAUCAAACCUCAGCAUUCCGACCAUUUACAAAAGCCGAGCGCAUUCAGCAACUCAAUGAAAUAGACAAGAGCAUUUUACAACUUGUUCAAACUGCUGGACAAACCCUCAAGAUUCUUACCGCAGCACAAGAACCUGGAGAAUCACAAUCCCCACAAGAAAAACGUCAAGCUUUCCAAGAUGCCUCGAACUCUUAUCUAAAAACUUUACAAUCCGUCGAUGUAAGAUUACGAAGACAAAUAUUGGGGUUGGAAGAAGCAGACAUUAUACCCGCAGAAAAGGUGAAGUCGAAGAAUAAGGGUAAAUCAGUACCUGAAGUUGUGGAAAGACGACCAGCAGUUCCAGGAAAUAUGGCAGGCAAUAUGCCAACAGACGAUAUCGUUGUGGAAAGAGGAAUGGGUAAUCUUGAUAUUGGUUUCUUGAAUAGUCGAAGUGGAAGAGUUGGUAGAGAUAUGGAGGCAGAAUUAUGGGCAAAGAGUAGGAAGUUUCUCGAAGAUUUGGAUAAGGGCAAUUACAAUUCACGUCCAUUGACUCAAAUGAGGGACGAGGUUGAGAAAUAA